UAUUUAUUUUUAGCUGUGCUGAGUGUGUCUGAUAAGACGGGCUUAACAGAACUGGCUAAAGGACUAGCAGCUGCUGGGCUCUCUCUGGUGGCUUCUGGUGGUACAGCAACCAAACUGAGGGAUGUGGGACUCCAGGUAUCAGAUGUAGCGGAAGUGACAGGGGCAGCAGAGAUGCUGGGGGGCCGGGUCAAGACACUGCACCCAACCAUCCAUGGAGGAAUUUUGGCAAGAGAUACGCCUUCAGAUCUCGCCGACCUUUCGGCGAGAAAAAUAGAUAUGAUCCAGGUGGUAGUCUGCAAUUUAUACCCAUUUGUGAAAACUGUCAGUCGUGAAGAUGUGUCUGUUAAUGAAGCUGUAGAGAAUAUAGACAUUGGAGGAGUAACGCUCCUCAGGGCAGGCAAAAACCAUUCUCGUGUGACUGUUCUGUGUGACCCAGAUGACUAUUCUCUUGUCCUUAGGGAACUGAAAAAUGGAGACACCUCUUUGAAUACCAGGCAGAAACUUGCACUCAAGGCCUUCACUCACACAGCUAUGUAUGAUGAUGCAAUUAGUGACUACUUCAGGAAAACCUUUUCAAAGGGUGUAAGUCAACUUCCUCUUCGAUAUGGCAUGAAUCCCCACCAGAAACCAGCACAGAUAUUCACUACUGGAGAAAAACUACCAUUAACAGUGGUGAAUGGAUCCCCAGGCUUCAUCAACCUCUGUGAUGCUUUGAAUGGUUGGCAGUUAGUUCAUGAACUUCGAGCAGCACUUAGUAUGGAAGCAGCCGCUUCUUUUAAGCAUGUCUCGCCUGCUGGAGCUGCAGUUGGUGUUGCACUUGACAGUACUGAGGCUAAAGUCUGUAUGGUUGAUGAUCUUGGGGAACUUACUCCUCUUGCAGCAGCUUAUGCCCGUGCUAGAGGAGCAGACCGGAUGUCAUCUUUUGGUGACUUUGUUGCAUUGUCUGAUGAAUGUGAUGUCCUUACAGCAAAGAUCAUAUCUAGGGAGGUAUCUGAUGGUGUGAUUGCUCCAGGUUACACACCAGAGGCCCUAGAGAUACUGAAGAAGAAGAAAAAUGGAGGUUACUGCAUACUUCAGGUAAUGUACCUAUUCUUGAUUACGUAUAGUGCCACUGGCUAACCAACCUGACACUGCCCGGA